AUGGCGUGCUUGCUGUCGGGCAAUUUUCGCGAUGCUCCGCUCAAGACCGCUUUUGCAUUUCUUCUCAAAAAUCCGAUUCAGAAGAUCAGCGAGACUGUGAAUGUAUCAUCUGCACCAUCAUCACACCGGUCCAAAGUGUCUGUAUCUAUCCCGCUACAGCACGCAGAUCGCAUCGCAAUGCACGCCAUACUCAACGCGACGCUCGCAUCUACCGCGAGGGCGUCCCGCUCUCGCUUCGGCGGUGCGACCCAAGCUGUUCGAGCACUCGCUACCGUCUCGGACUCGCCCGUUCAGCAUGGUGCAUCCGGAUCCAGCAGUCACAAGGUGGUCGUCAUCGGCGGUGGAUCUGCCGGAAUGGCCGUCAGUCACCAGCUCGUCCGAUCUGGUGCCUUUGAUCAGGACGACAUCGCCGUCGUAGACCCUUCCGAAUGGCACCACUACCAGCCAGGAUGGACGCUCGUCGGCGGCGGUCUCAAGGACAAGCGCGACCUCCGUCGACCGCUCGCCUCGCUUCUCGAUCCCAAGCUCAAACACUACGCAUCCGCUGUCGACACUUUUGCUCCCGAACAGAACCAGAUCACGCUGGCCAACGGGAACAAGAUUGCAUACGACCAGCUCGUUGUCGUUCCCGGUCUCAGCAUCAACUACGACGCCAUCAAAGGCUUGCCCGAAGCACUCGCCGACUCUUCCUCGCUCGUCUCGACCAUCUACGGCUACAACACAUGCGACAAGGUCUUCGACAAUAUCUCGAAGCUCAAGUCUGGCAAGGCCAUCUUCACUCAGCCUGCCGGUGUCAUCAAGUGCGCCGGUGCACCGCAGAAAGCCAUGUGGCUGGCGCUGGACCACUGGAAGCAGUCAGGGCUGUACAACCCCGCUGAUCCGUCCAACUCUCCCAUCUCGAUCGACUUUGCCACCGGUCUGCCCGUCAUGUUUGGUGUGCCCAAGUACAGCGAGCGUCUCAACGAGCUUCGUCAGGAGCGCGGUGUCGAGGGUCUCUUCCAGCAUGACCUCGUAGCGAUCGAGGGUAAUACGGCGGUGUUUGCUCGUCCAGACGGCGCCGAGCAGGUGCGCAAGCAGUUCGACCUGCUCCACGUCACACCCAAGAUGGGACCUCUGGCGGUGAUCAAGAACAGCCCGCUUGCCGAUGGCGCCGGUUUCGUCGACGUCGACCAGGGGACUACGCGACACAAGCGAUUCGACAAUGUGUGGAGUAUCGGCGACGCGUCUUCUCUGCCCACGUCCAAGACGGCGGCGGCUAUCACAGCGGAGGCGCCCGUGCUGGUGCGAAACCUCAGUCAGGCGAUCGAGGGUAAGGAGCCGGAUGCGGCGUACGAUGGAUACACGUCCUGCCCCUUGCUCACCGAGUAUGGAAAGGUGAUGCUGGCAGAAUUCAAGUACGGCGGACAGCCCAAGGAGACGUUUGGAAACUUGUUCGGCAUCGACCAGGGUGUGCCGAGGACAGCAUUCUACCAUUUGAAGAAGGACUUCUUCCCGUGGGUGUACUACAACUCGUACGUCAAGGGCACCUGGGGUGGACCCAGAGGUUGGUCGUUUGCAUCGGCACCUCUGAGUCCCGAAGCUGUUGCCGGUAAGCGCACAUUCUCGAGCAGCUCACGACAGAUGCCUGGAUCGAGACGAGGAUUCGCAACGUCGAGCGUUGGACUGCGCAACACGCCGGCACGACGACCUCGUGAUCCGCUCGAUGCCUCUCCCGAUGCCACCCGUCACACGCUCCCCUCCGGCGAAACGUUCAUCGUCCGACCACCUCCCUCCUCGCCUCCCUCCCGCUCCACCAUCUACCAACCGCAACCCCUGCUCCACGCUCAACCUUCCUCCGAAACAUCCGCCCUACCCCCCGCGCUUCGCCCACGAUCGCGCCUCUCCGCACAACGAGACACCGUCGAAACCGCCAUCACCCCCGACCAGAUCGCCGAGAUCCAACGACUGCGUCGCCAAGACCCCAUCACUUACACAAAAUCCAAGCUCGCCAAGCAGUUCAACUGCAGCGCACUGUUCAUCUCGAUCGUCGCGCCGCUGCCCAAAGCCGUCAAGCAGGUCAAGAAGCAACAGGACGACCUCAAGAAGCAGUCCUGGGGUCUCAACAAGCGCGUCGCCAGAGCCGAGAGGGAGGAGCGUCGUCUGCUGUGGUGA